GUGACGUCACAUUGUUGAAAUAUGGCGGACGCGGGAGAGAAGGCGAGGAACUCGAAUCAAUGUAAAAAUUAUUUUCAUUGAUUUCAGGCUGUUUGAUCCCAGUUUUGUGUAAUCUCACCCUCAGGGGUGAGGAAAAUAAUCAUGACAUCAUUACUAUGUGUUAAGCAGCCUGGGGGCAAGGUUCAAGUUCAUUCAUCGGAUUUAGUUGAAGAACUGAUGAUAGAUGGUAAAGAUCACAUCACCACGAUGAAAAUGAAUAAAAGUGAUGUGCAAAGAAGACGGGCUAAAAGACCUAUGUCUACAUCUGUCAUUCAGAGUAAAGUAGAUUCCAAAUGUCUGAUAGGCCAGACUCUUCGAGUGCAAGAUUGGCUGAAUGAAAAAACUGUGAGAGGAUUGCAGUUUGCUAUACCUCAGGCCUGGGUUGAUCAACAGAUUGUCAACUCUACGUAUAUGAAGGAGAGAUCGGAUAUGGAAACAAAGGAAGCCAGAGAAUUAUACAAUCCUCUUCUGGAAGUGGAAAACACAUUUGUCAGGGACUUAGAAAACAAAGUAAACACCAAGGAGGUUCUGGAUCUGCGGAAGCGUGAGAUGUUACACAAGAAGUGGAAUGAUCGUGUGUAUGAACCGCUUAGGGAGAAAAUCAUCGACGUGAUGGAUGGCGAAGACUGGCCAGAACUAGACCGUCGAAAACGAGAGCUGCACAAACAGUAUCUGGAGUUUGUCAACCAGAAGGGUCAUGUAUUUUUAGAUACAAUGGAUCCAGCUGAGUAUUAUGCCCAGGCCUUGAAUGGACACAGACCUGCUCCAAUCAAGGUAGUUUUUAAUGUCCCUGAUUCAAGACCAGUCACAGCACCAGCACAGAUUGCCACCAAGGCUUUCCGUGAUCCCCUCUUAUCUCAGGGCCGCGAGCGCAGUGCUGAGGAGAGAACUAUUCUAAGAUGUAUGACUGGGAACGAUUACACCGAUAAGGACAUUGAACAGGUGAAGUUACCUCCCCUACCCCUGGUCCCACUCGGACGCCACGGUACUGACAGUAUCAGAUGGCUGGAAAUGCCUCUCCACAAUAUCGAGAGCACUCCACGGAUGGCCAGCAGACGAAGAAUGCAUGGCACAUUCAAUCAAAGCCAGUUAGAUUUUGAGGAGUGGUCUAAGGCACAGAGGAACAGGGCCCAAGUUGAGGUGGAGAUGCAAACACAGAAGAAACGAAUGUACAAAGAAGUCCCCCCAUUCAAAAUCCCUCCCAGGGAAGUCCCUUCCUCAUACUCAGAGCCCAAAAACAUUGGAAUUCAGACCAUUCCCGAAGAAAUGGAGCAAUUGACUCUCAAAAACUGGGUGCCAUCUAAUGACUCCACUUCUAUACCUGUCGGGGCUUCAUAGGGGCUUCAACAGAAGAAAAAUAUUGCUUUUAAAAUUUUUUUUAGAAGUGUUAUAUUUUCAAGUUUUAAUAGAUUUAAAAGUUGCAUUUAGGGAGGAAUAUGUGCCUUUUGAAAUAACUGCAUGUGCCUGACAUUUUGCGAUGCUAUAUUUAUGUCUAAAGUUCAUUAUUAAGAUGUUAAAUAAUACUAGCAUCUGUGAUACACAUCAGAUUAUUGUUAUCAUUUUUUUUUAAAAAAAGAUUUUUAUUCUUUAAGAAAAAUCGUUAAUAUUGAAUACAUUUAUUAAUUGAACAUUUCACUCUUGGACAAUUUAAUAUUACCGAGAAUUAUUAGUAUAUUAUUUGGAAGAGAUUUUUAAGUCUUUAUUGUUUACAGGGUUGUAUAUAUUUGAGUGCCUAUAGACAUUCCAGCCUUAUUUUUUUUUUAGAUGUCAACAAGUCUAUGUUAGACAAAACUAAAAUUUUAGUGGAUUUCUGUGUGUCCAUUUUAUUUACUGUACAAUCUUUGACAUACAUAUCAAUUUUUGAAUUUUCUUAUUUUUCAUCUUGAACAAUGAAAUUUUGGAGCAUUUAUAUAUUUCCAAUUCAAUUCAGACAUUUUUUUCAUGUGUGAAUGUAAGGUUAGUUUCUGUUGUAAAGAUUUUUAUACAAAAUAGAAAAUUCUUUGUGUGAUAUUUGUAUCCCAUACUGUAAUGGUGGUGCUACCCACUAGUCAUCUAUAUAUACAGAAGUGCCUGCACCCCGUGUGUGUUUUAUCAUUUCUGUUGGAUUGUAUAUUCUUAAAAUUUUGUAUUAUUUUAUAGACCAGAACUGCACUUUUUACAUGAACAUUUUCACAUAGAAAUUAAAUUAUGAAACACUU